AUGACACAAAGGAGCAGGAGAAAGACUCCUGAACAGGAUGCAAUAGACCAUAUAAUUCUGGGCAGAGACAAACCCUUCCUAGAGGCCAGGUUCAUCAACACGUUUAAAGGACGUGGUGUUUUUACACGGGAAUAUAUUGCACUGUCAACUUUUGUGGUGGAGUACCGUGGAAUAUUGGGUGCAAGUGAAGAUCUAGAUGUCAAAAAUAACAUCUUCUUAUUCGAUUUCAUCUGGUCUGGAAUGCACUUUUGUAUUAAUGCUUCAAAAGAGGAUGGAACACUUGGACGUCUUGCAAAUGAUAAUCACAGGAAUCCAAACUGCAGAGUGAAAAAAAUCGUUGUCAAGGGAACCCCACACUUGUGCCUAUUUGCUGUAAAGGAAAUAUUCCCAGAGGAGGAGUUAACUUACAACUAUGGGGAUUCUGCUUGGCCCUGGCGCUUAAAGGCUCCCCGGGAAGUAGCUUCUAACCCUGAGCCCGAGAGAGAUCCUCCGUUGUCCCCACAAACCAAAAUGUGUCAUCAUGAACUCACCAGUGCAGUUAUUUCCUCUUUGGAUAAUUGUCAUGAUUGCAGAGGACCUGUCUCAAGCCUCAAAUGGAUUGGUUUUACGUGUAAAUUAUGUUCAACCUCAUGGCACAAAACCUGCUUCAUCAAGAACAACGAGUCACCGAUGAAGGACAUCUGCCUUUCCAGUAAUGAAGGUUCCGUCAGUGAUAAAGACUACAUUCCUGAAACGGCGUCUAGCAGCGAUGGAUCCAGCGCCGAUGAAGACUGCCCACCUGACUCUGAAGCAAAUACUGAUUGGGAUCAUCUCAUUGCCACCAUCAGGGAUUCAAAGCCACCCCAUUGUAAGACUGCACCAACUGUCUCUACAAAGAACUAUGUUGAACACCAAGACACGGCUGCUACUACCUCUGACAAAUUCCAACUUCAUGAAGAUUUCAUCCCUGAUAUGGCAUCCAGUUCUGAAACAAUUGAGAGUGUUGCAAAUCCCAAAGACUCUUCUUGCACCCUCAAAAAUUACUGUUAUGUUUGCAGUAAACCUCAAUCUAAGAUUGCUCGUCACUUUAAGAAGCAUGAGAAAGAACAACCUGAAAUUGCUGAAGCAUUUAUGUUCCCUAAACAUUCUAAAGAGAGAAAACGGUUACUAGAAUAG